GUGUUGGGUAAUUUAAUAUUAACUAAAUUAAAGUUUAUGGGUUAUAUAAAAUUAUCAUCUACACUUGCUGUCACUAGUUUAUUUUAAUUACGAUCGUACGAAGUUUGACGAUUCAUUCGUGCGUCCACGUCACAGAAUUCAUUAAUGACGAAUUAAUUUUGUAGAUUACAUGCACAUAUCUGGUCGAGCAUCCCUCGCAAACAAAUGAAAAAGAUAUGCAUAUAUAUUCGUUCUAGUAAUUUGGCAUUAAAUAAAUAUACGAAGACAGCGCAUAAUCGUUCAUUCGAUACAAUAUAUCCUCCUUUAUAAUACGUUAUUUCAUAGCAGUUUAAUUUGACAAUUCAAUACAACAAAUGUGAUUGCAAUAUCGAGACUCAUUUUCGCAAUGUGCUGCCAGAACUUUCACGCCGCAAUAUGAAAAAUCGAUUGUACGAUUACAUCUGCAUUUUCGUCGUGCUCGAAAUAUUACAAUUAUCAAUUUGUCAUGCGAAAAUCAUCAAUGAUACUUGCAGAACGAAACGGGAAAUAUCCAUUGUUGAAAUACCACACUCAAAAGAAGACAUUAGCUACGCAAAAGAGACAAAUUUGGAACAAGAAGAGCACCGCGAUGAUGAUCUCGAAGAGAAUACAUAUCAAGACGAUGCAAAAGAGAAACGUAAAGUUUCGAGGAAAGUUGCAAAUUCCAUAAUCUCCGCUGAUUUCUAUUCAAAUGCUCGAGAUUUCUCCAUCAAUCGUGGCAAUAUGUCUAUUAAUUCGCAACCUUUGAAUGAAACAUUAAAAGAAGCGGAUAAAAAGGAAACGAAACGAGAACGCGCUAAAAACGAAGAAGCGAGCAAUCUCGUGCGUUUACCUCGCAACAUAAAUAGUGAUUUCGAUAGAUAUACCGAUCAGAAUGAGAGGUUGAGUUUAUAUGACGACUACGAGGCAAAAGACAUCGCGAAGCGUGGUGUUCUAAAUGAUGAGGAUUAUGAAGAAAUGGAAGACGAGUCGCCAGAAGUAUCGGAAGACCUGGCAGCAGUGCAAGGAUCAACGAAUGAAUCCGAGAAGAGGGAAUUGCAGAAGGAUACUCGUGUGAAGAGAGAUCAAACGGAAAUUUCGGAAAUGCUCGAUAUAUCCAAGUCAGGUUUAGACGAUUCUGCAAAGUUAGAAGAGUCGAAGACUGUGGCACAAAAUCCUUAUUCGCGCGAUGUUUCUCGCAUCGAAUUGUCGAAAAGUUUUAACGAAGCGUCAGCACCCGACGACGUGUCCAAGUUCAAAGAUUUCGGAUCGGUGGACGUGAUCUCAAAGUCAAGCGAUUCCUCCAAGAUACAGGAACCAGCGAGCAUAGUCCCUUCGUCCAAGAAAGACGAAUCAAACGCGCAGUACGAAAAACGCGUAGAAGAAGAAAUUCAACGGAAGAUCGAUUUAAUUAAGGAAGAGAUUCGACGAGACAUUGAAAUCCAGCAACGAAUAAGAGACAUUGAGGACAACAAUGCCAGAUUCGACGAAUUGCAGGAUGGAGAGCACGAAAAUGAGAGACAAAAUUUCGAGAAUGAACCAAUCGAAAAGCGCCAGACUGUAGCCAAAAGAUCUAUAAGAGAGAUCGCCGAUAAUGCGGCAUCUUCUAAUAGAAACGAGGAAAAACGAUCUUCAAAAAAAGAACACAAAAAGCGGCAACAUCGAUCUGAAAUGAUUGACAAACUAGAUACUUCGAAGGAGAAGAAAAAUUUGAAGAAACGAUUCGCAGCUAAUCACGAUAAGUUUUCUGAGCAAAUUCCUGCAAAAGGAUUUCUCAAAAAGAAACGCGAACGUGUCAGGCAAAUUUUUUUUAAUAACGAUCAGCAUCAAACGAAUAAGAGACAAUUGAGAAGCUAUUCAUUCCCAGUCGAUCGGACUGCCGUCAGAUCCGAAAGAGAAUUAUUUAUGAAUCCUGAUUCUCAUUUCCGUACAGAAAGUAGAAUGCUCAAAGCAUCUUUGCCCGUUGGUAGUGAAGAUGACAAUAACAAGAGAAAACAGAAUGCAGCAGAACAUUCCGAUUCCUUAGUGUCUUUUGCUGGAAGUUCACAGGAAUUGAAUCCACGUUUAGAGAAAGAAUACAAAGAGGCUUUCGGUGGAUUACAGAGUGAAUCUGACAGUGCUCUAGCUAGAUUCAAAAGGAUCAAACGCGUAUUAGUUAGUCCUAACGUAAAAAUUUAAAAUUUUGAAAGUCUUUUUUUAAUAAAUGACAUAAAUGAUUAAUCCUUAAUAAUUUGCAAGGCAAAAAUAUUUCUAUCGUACAAAAUAAAAUUGCAUAAAAAAUAUAACGAUACUUCUAAACUAUGAUAAUAGCAUAAUUUAUUAUAAUAGCAAAUGAUUAAAUAAUAAGAAUAUGUAAAGAUAUAUUUAUAUAGAGAAAUACAUCAUAAAUAUUAAAGGCAAAAUAAUACAUUUGUAAUUAGAGGAAAGAUUACAGUUAUGAUGAGUAAUGUAAUGUUACUAAUUACGAAAUAUCUUGAGAUUGCAGAUCAAUUUAAUUGUAGUCUAAAUAAAUGAUACAUAAAUUCUUGACAUAAAAGUGCAUAAUUAUAAUUUUUCUCUCACAAUUACUUAUAAAUUUUGAUAUUAUACCUUAAAAAAAUAAAACAAAUAGCAAGAUAUUUUUUCUUUUCCAUGUUUAAUAUUUAUUCUUAUAUAAUUUGAUAAAAUUAGUCGUAAACAGUGGUUCAAUAUUUUUAAAACUCGGUUCUCUCACAGUACAUUUUUUUUUUAAUUGAAAAAAUGAAUAAAGUGCAUUUUUGCCGUACAUUUUUCUAAAGUAAAACUCCAGCUAAA